CCUUUUACAACCGUCAGUCUUCGAAGCAACAUCAAGUCAAACGGACAUUCGAUCUAGAAAGUUAGGAAAUUGAGUGGUAUCUAUUUGUGUGUGUUAAUCUCUAUAUUAACUUCACACAUUGAAUAAAACAUGGAAAUUGAAGCACACAGAACACCAAUACAAAGCUUUUACGCCGGACAAUCAAUAUUUAUUACAGGCGGUAUUGGUUUUGUUGGAAAAUUUUUGACUGAGAAACUGUUACGAAGUUGCCCCGAUAUUUCAACGAUAUAUCUGCUAAUACGUCCGAAAAGAGACAAAUGUCCCAAAAGCCGACUGGAUGAAAUGUUUGAGAAACCUCUUUUUGACCGAGUAAAAAAAGAAGUACCGAAUUUCCGUAAAAAAAUCGUGCCGAUAAUAGGUGAUCUUGAUAUAGAAGACAUCGGAUUGUCAGAAAAUGACAAGAACAUAUUGAUAAAUCAGGUAUCUAUAAUUUUUCACAUAGCAGCAAAUAUACGGUUCAACAAUAGCAUCAAAACUUCUACGAUGAUAAACGUUAAUGCCACCGCCACCAUCUUAAAACUUGCAAAGCACAUGCCAAAUUUAAAAUCACUUAUUCACGUGUCAACAAUUUAUGCAAACUGCCAUGUGAAACAUAUCGAAGAGCGAUUCUACUCGUAUCCUAUUAAUCACAAAGACCUUAUCUUAUUUACACGAAACUUAGACGAAAACGUAAUUGAGGAAAAAAUAUCUAGAAUCAUUUCACGAUGGCCGAAUACAUAUUCAUUCACGAAAGCUAUUGCGGAAGGACUUCUCAGAGACGAGAGCGGAGAUUUGCCAGUAGGAAUAUUUCGACCUGCAAUAGUUAUAUCUAGCGCCAAUGAACCACUUGUUGGAUGGAUGGACAAUAUGUAUGGACCACUAGGUGUUAUGGUACCUGCGCUACUUGGUAUCAGAAGAUUUAUUCGUUGUAAUCUCGAUUUAAAGGCAAAUUUAGUGCCCGUCGACUUCACGGUAAAUGCUUUAAUCGCUAGUGCGUGGGACGUCUCUAAUCAAUUCAGGAGUGGCAAGGAUACAUUAAUUUAUAAUUUUGUGUCACCAAUCGAUGGACCUACUUGGAAUAAAUACAUUUCUACACUUUUCGACACAAAUAAGAUGUACCCUUUGCGUAAAGCCAUAUAUUUCCCCUUCUUGGUUUCCUUUCAACGUAAAAUACCAUAUAGAAUUUGCGUUUGGCUCGGUCAUUUCCUUCCGGCUUUACUUAUGGAUAUUGUAAACAUCUGUAUAGAUCGUAGACCAAGAAUGUGGAAGUUAUGUAAGAAGAUCGACAUAUAUUCCGACGCGAUCCAACUUUUUUGCAAUAAUGAAUGGAGUCAUUCCACUGAUAAUGUUCAAGCGAUGUGGAGUCAUCUCAAUGAAGAAGAUCAGCAAUUAUUUAAUUUCAGCAUGGUUGGAUUUGACUGGACAAAAUAUAUAAUUGAUCAUUAUAUGGGCAUACGUCUCUAUCUGCUAAAUGACGAUGACAGUACUUUGGAAAUCAGUCGUAUCAAGCAUAAGAGAUUUUAUUGGAUCCACCAAACGCUCAAAAUUGUUUCGAUCUUUGUAGUCCUUUGGAUUGUCUGGAUGGUAUUUACAAUUAUAUGUACAUAACUUUUACAUAUUCGUUUUAUAUGUAUGUUUCAUAUGUAUCUCUCUUUCAUUUUCCUUUAUAUUAAAUAUUUACUUUAGAAAACUUCUUUCUAAUGUCGUACACGGUGUGUUCGGAAAGUAAUGAAAACGACUUUUUUACGCUCCCCAGAAGGGUUGCAUGAGAAAAAUGGGGGGUCGAGGUAGUUGAGGGGAAAUCUCAGGUCGGACCCUUCUCAGUUGAGCUUUUCGAAGGUCACCCAGAGCGCUGUUCAUUCUGAACGGCUUUCCUUCCAUAUGACAAGCAGCUUCCCCAUACGUUGUCUUCAAAAUUUCUAACGUUUCUGAGAAGCUGUUUGUCCAUGUUUUACGCAAAAUUUAAUUGCGUAACGCUGCUCGACGCUCCUCUAUAUUUUUGUCCGACAAGAGUAAAAAACAAGAGUGCACUUCUGUAACGUAUCGACCUGACCGUUCGAAAGGCUCGGGCCUCAACUGAGAAGGAUCCGAUCGUAUACCUGAGAUUCCCCCUCAACAACCUCGACCAUCAUUUUCCUCACACAAUCUUCCUGGGAAGCGUAAAAAUCAUUCUCAUUACUUUUCGGACAUUCCAUCAUGUAUAUCUUACCAAAUGUAUAACUGAAAGUAACUUUUAGACAGAUUUAGUUGUCGUCAACUAUUUGCUAAAAGGUUGUUAACAAAUAAAUAAAGAAUUUAAUCACAAUAUACAAUAAAAUUAGAAUAAAAUGCCAUUUACGAUCAGAGUUUGGAUCUUAGUAGCCUAGUUAAUAUUAUUUCUGUGUUUAUAUAUGUAUAUAUAUGUAUAAAUGGCAUUUUAUUCUAAUUUGAUUAACAAAUAAAGUUAACAAUGGAUAUUGAAUACAAUAUAAUCUCAAAUCUAUUAAAUAUAGAUUCUAUAUUAUAUAAUGUACAGUUAUUGGGAAAUAAAUGCACUUAUACAGUUGAAAAAUGUUUCUCAAAUAUAAACGUGCAAGCCUAAUAAUAUUGUUCCACCUGUGAGCGAACCGGUAAUUAUACAGUACCUAGUAAUAACGAGUUGCCUAAUUGUCGUAAGAAAUUCGACCCUAGCAACUAAAACCUCAGCUAGCAUUCCAUCCGAAACCUGGUUGCUCGGACUCUAACCGAUGCAACCCAACCCUGAAACCAAAAAGCGCUGACAAGAACGUUACGAAUCUAACUCAGGAACAAUCGGACGCACUCGCUAUGUUAUGAGAGAUUUGUAAAAACACUGCACGAAUAAACAUGUUUGUUUUAAGAA